GAGGCCUGUGCCGAGCUAAGGGAAUCAGUCCUACGGCUAAGGUGUUCGCCGAACUGCACAGGCUAACUCACCGAAAGGACGACGAGCACUGGUUCUUUCAGGCGAAGCCUCAUUGUGGGCUCUUUACCGAUCUGCCCUCCUCCCUUAAGAAUUGGAAGAACCGCUUCUUCAUUCUGAGGAGCAAAAAUCCGAACUGCUUUGAGGGCUUCCCCCGUAGCUGGUGGCACCAGGGGCCCUUGAUUCCGAAGCAUCUCGCUCUGAAUAGGGAAGAGGGAGCCGUGGUGAUGGAACUGAAAGAUCAAGCGGCUAGGGAGAAGUUCUCCUGUUUAGAUGCGGUGACUGCCGAGCUGCAUCAUUGGACUAUACAGCUGAUCACCGGCCAAGAUCGCGAGCUUCCGCUCUCUGACCUCGGCAUUGGUAUGGCGGGUGGUGAGGGUUCCAAGAAGCGGAAGAAAGAAAGAGAGAUUUCCCGGAAGAUAAAAGAGAUGAAGCGUUCGGAACUGCUUCAAACACCCGGCCAUGAACCUGGGGAGAUACAAAGAGGCCCGCCUCGACCUUCGGGACCGUCGAUCGCAGAAGCUGUCCGAUCUCCUCCUCGACGAGAAGAGCCGCCUCCACUUCCUCCAGUUGCUCCAAGCACAGAAGGGGGUCCUUCUCAACCUUCUGCGAGGCCCCCUCCUCGUGGCGCUCAAGUGCUGAUCGCUUCCCUGGAGAAGAACCGGACUGUUCGGGAGAACCCAGGUUUUGCCAAAGUCUUGGGGUCUUCCAUCUGCCUUCGGGAGGAUCGGGACCGACUGUCUCCGGACAAUCUCGACGACAUUCUGACCCGAUCCAUGAGUCUGAAUGUAGAGUGCCUGGUGAACCAGCACAUAGUCCGGGAAAAGGCUCACCGCCUGGGUAAGGAGGUCGAGAAGAAGAGUCAAGAAGUGGCAUCCCUUCGAUCCCAACUCUCAUCCGCUCAGGAUUACAUAUCUCAAAUUGAGGGGCGUAUGAAGUACUAUGAGGAUAAGCUGGCCGAACAGGUUCAUGUUCUGGCUGAAAAGGAUCGUGCUCUUGGAGAAGUCCAGGCGCUCCGGGCCAACGAAGCUGCUCGGGUCGCUCACCUUACUGAGGAGCUUAAGGCAAAAGAUGAAGAGAUGGUGACAGGAAUAGCCGGUGCUUAUGUGAAUGCUCACAAGGAUCUCUUGGCCGAGCUCCAGAAGCGUUACCCAGAGGAGGACUUCUCUUGGAUGGCCGACCUGGCUCCCGGAGGCGAGGGUGAGGAUAGUGAGGAGGAGGCUGAGGGUGAGGGAGAAGACGGACAAAAUGUAGAUCAGGCUGGAGGUGAUCCUCCAGCUGAAUAACUUGUACAAAUUUUGAAAUGAAAUGAAAUGGAAUGCCUCUUUUGUUCGAUGAAUGGUUGUGAUCGGAACAUUUCUAAAUUAUUAAACACUUGAUUGUUUGAGUAUCUUGAAAGAACUGAAAGUGAUUAUCAACCCAAGUGUGAGAGAUCGGAAGACAUAAUGAGCAUAAGAUCAGUAGAGAACCAACGCUAAACGGAACUUGAUUAAAAUUAGAAAUUUGGCUUGAA